AUGUCUGGUAUCAAAGGAAGAGUAUAUGCAAUCACCGGUGCAGCGUCGGGCAUCGGGCGUGCUUCUGCAGUCCGCCUAGCGGAACUUGGAGCUGGAGGUCUAGCCAUUUGUGAUGUCAACGUUGAUGGUCUCAACAAAACACGAGAAUUAUUUGACGUCCGAAGUCAGCAACAAGUCCAGAAUUGGAUUGACAGCACCGUUGCUGAGUUCGGACGUCUCGAUGGAGCCGCCAACAUUGCUGGUAUCGCAGGGGGGAAAGGUGAUACAACUUGCGCAACAAUCGAAGAGUCUGACUGGGAUCGCAUGAUGGAUGUCAAUCUCAAAGGCGUCAUGUGGUGCAUGCGAGCCCAGAUUCCGCAUCUCCCUCGUCCAGGAGGAGCCAUUGUCAACAUCUCCAGCACCUCGGGCCUCAGAGGCUUUCCUCACAAUGCAGCCUACUCAUCGAGCAAGUUUGGAGUCAUCGGCCUUACGUCGUCCGUAGCCGGCGAGUUUGGCACUGAGGGUAUUCGCAUCAAUUCCCUUCUACCUGGUCCGAUCCGAACUGAGAUGUUCGAGGCGGGCGAAGCGAAGGGGCUGUUUGACUCGGAAAAGAUCAGCAAGUUAACAUGCCUUGGUCGCAUGGGCAAGCCUGACGAGGUGGCCAAGGUUCUGUGUUUCUUGUUGAGCGAUGAUGCGUCAUAUGUCACUGGUGGUAAGUAUUAUCCUUCUACUUUCAAUACGUGGCAGAAAUUUGACACUCUUUCUUAG